AUGGGGGUCGUCCACCGGGACCUCAAGUGCCCGCUCUGCUCCGCUCCGCUCCGUGCCGCUCCGCUCCGCGCGGCGCUCCCGCUCACUCCGGCCUCCCGCUCCGGCGCAGGCUUCGCCGGCACGCCCGGAUACCUCUCUCCCGAGGUCCUGCGCAAAGAAGCCUACGGCAAACCGGUGGAUAUCUGGGCAUGCGGCGUCAUCCUCUACAUCCUGCUCGUGGGCUACCCGCCGUUCUGGGACGAGGACCAGCACAAGCUCUACCAGCAGAUCAAGGCCGGCGCCUACGACGUAAGUGCCCGGGCGCCGCGCGGGCGCCGCCUCCGAAGACUGGCCUCAUAUCUCCACGCACGGCGCCCGGAGGCAGCGGGGGCCAGUCCCGAGCCCGGCUCCAGUGGGUAUCUCCGCCAACGCUCCACCGUGGCCUCCAUGAUGCACAGGCAGGAGACGGUCGAGUGCCUGAAGAAGUUCAACGCGCGGAGGAAGCUCAAGGGCGCCAUCCUCACCACCAUGCUGGCCACGCGGAACUUCUCGGGUGAGUCCCCGCGCGCGGCCCCCCGGGCUGAGCCCCGGCGCGCUCCCAUCCUUCUGUCCAUCCAUCCACCCACCCACCCAUCCGUCCAUCCCAUCCCGCCCAUCCCUCGUCCCCGCGGCGCUCCCGCGGGCGCUCAGGCCGCGCGUCCCGCAGUGCUCUCCAAGAACAACAAGCCGAUCCACACGACCAUCCUGAACCCGCACGUGCACGUGAUCGGCGAGGACGCCGCCUGCAUCGCCUACAUCCGCCUCACGCAGUACCUGGACGGCCAGGGCCGCCCGCGCACCAGCCAGUCGGAGGAGACGCGCGUGUGGCACCGCCGCGACGGCAAGUGGCAGAACGUCCAUUUCCACUGCUCGGGGGCGCCCGUGGCCCCGCUCCAGUGA